AAAGCGUUUUUUCUUUUUUUGAAGACACUGUUUGUUAGUGAGAUUUCAUCUUUUGUACUACCAUGCUUGACAGCGAAUUCACAGAGAUAUCAGAUCACACCUCCUUCCGUCGUGAUACAGUGACUUGUAUCAUGCUUCCUGCUGGAUUGAUUUAAUCCUGAUCGGUCCAGGCUGCCCUAUUUUGCGAAUAUCUCGUGCUUGUUUCGUGCAGCCGAGUACUGUAGCAGUGUAGCGGUGUCAUCUAGGUUGUCGUGUGCUGGUGAUUGUGUUGGUGCUUUAGAAAUGACUUUAAAAGCGAUUAAAUAUGAAAAUGGAAAGCUGGAAGUCCUCGACCAACUUCUUUUGCCUCUUCAGACCGAAUAUGUAAAUAUAAACGGAGUCGAAGAUGGUUGGCACGUGAUUCAUAAGAUGCAGGUUCGUGGUGCUCCUGCAAUUGCCAUUGUGGGUUGUCUCAGUUUAGCGGUUGAAUUAAGGAAAGAAAUAUUUGAAGAUAAAAAAAUUCUUCGUCAAGAAGUAGAAGGAAAAUUGAAUUAUUUAGUUUCUGCUCGACCUACGGCUGUGAAUAUGAAAGCAGCAGCCGACCAGUUAAUAGAAUUGGUGAAUGAAUUGGACAAAAACAAUUCUUUUACUGCUGAGCAAAUGAAACUGAGAUUCCUGGACGCGAUCGAAGCGAUGCUGCAGAAGGACUUGGACGACAACCUGGCGAUCGGGCGCGUGGGCGCCGACGCGCUGAUUAGCCAGUGGCCCGGCGACGCCCAGCUGCGGGUGCUCACCCACUGCAACACGGGGUCGCUGGCCACGUCCGGCUACGGCACGGCGCUGGGCAUAAUAAGGAAUUUGCACAGCCGGGGCUUGCUGGAGCACGCGUACUGCACGGAGACGCGGCCGUACAACCAGGGCGCGCGCCUCACGGCCUACGAGCUGCUGCACGAGCGCAUCCCGGCCACGCUGCUGUGCGACAGCAUGGUGGCGGCCCUGAUGCGCGCGCGCCGCCUGGCGGCCGUCGUGCUUGGUAGAUCACAACAAUCGCAUUCUAUUAAACACAGGGCUCCCUAUCAUUCUCCAGUUGACUGUGGAACAUUUUUCUGUAUCGAAGUAGCUCUUUGCAACCAACGCUUACAACAGGCCCGGGCUGGACCGUCCUUGGUGGGAGUGUGUGUCAUCGGGUUGGGACAGUUCUGUGAAGAGAGGCCAGCCCCGUCUGAAUAUUCCAACGAGCGGACUGUGCGACUUCUAAGUAUAAAGUGCUGGAAUCCUGCAUUUGAUGUCACCCCAGCAGACCUUAUCAGUGGCAUCAUCACCGAAAGAGGACUUUUCAAACCAGCUGAACUCCUGUCUCAACGCCAAGUGCCAACGGAGAGUUCAUAGUGCUUUGAGGAACUGUAUGGUAAUCACAAUUUUGUUCAGAAAAGGUUUAAAAAGACAAAGCAAAAAUGACAAAUGUUCAUUUUGAAUUUUAUAAAGUGCCUUAUUCUAGUGGUUAUUUUUAAACCACAUUUUUGUAUAUUAUAUGCAUGGUGGGAUUCUUUAUGCCUGCUUGUGCAGCAUUAUCCAUGUAAUUAUGAUGGGGAGUUCUUUUUCUUCAAAUAUAAUAAUACAAUAAAUGAUUGUUAAUACCCUGAGUAAAUAGAAUUGUCGUUUUCAUGUUCAGAAAGUAUGAAAACUUUAAAAAACUGGGGAUAAAAAGUAAAAAAAAAAAAUCUGUAUGUGUGUAUGAGAAAAGGUGGGAAUCAAACUAAAUUACAAUAUUUUGGAAAGGGGCUGAGCAACUGUGAAAGUGUGUUUAUUAUACUUUUGGUGACUUCAUGAGUUUUGUGGCAUUUGUUAAUGGUUUUUUUAGUAAUAAUAAUGCUAAGAAUUCGGUUGCUUGGUAGUUUGACUUAUUCCAAAAUCAAUCUUUUUCUGUACAUUGAUUGAUACUCUUAUAAUGAAAAAUAGUGAAUAGCAAAAAAUACAAUGUUUAAAUGAAAUCUAAUUUCAACUCCACCGUUCUGUGUUUGGAAAAAUUCUGGAGGUAAUACAUUUUGUGAAUCUGGUAUCCUCAUUUUCAACUAAAUGCUGCAUUCACAAUGAUCUAUUGUUACAAAUUCAUUUUUGGUACUUUGCUUCAUGUAAGGAAGGUUGAGAAAAUAUCUUUCCGUAAUGUAUCCAGAAUUUGUAAUGUAAUUUGGUCGACAGAUUUAUCAAACAAUUUUUCAAUUUAAUUUCCUUAUUCAGAAGAAGAUUUUAGAGACCACAUAUAUCACAAGACUCUCACUUAGAAACUAAAUGCAACAAUAUCCAAACAAAUAUGUCAUUGCCUGUCAGUGUACCCUUUCUAGAGCACAGCUAGUGUUCUCUUUGACUUUUGAGGAGAAUGAUGUGACUCUCAGCCACAAAUGCGUACAAAGGGCCUGUCCCUGUGCUAAGCAAAUCUUAGAAUUAGUUUUAUAAUAUAAUUUAGGAAGCAUACGUUGUCAAUACUCAAAACAUUACAAAAUAGAUCUUAAGAAAAAGCUUUUAUAAUAAUUUUCAGCCCAAGAAUAGUAGAACUGAUUUAGCAGAUGCUCUUCAAGCAGACAUUCAGUGUAAUUGUUCGAUUUUCACAUGCCAUGUUCAACAGAGUCUCAUGCUCAUAUUCAUGUGUAAAACAGCAUUGUUUGUUUUUUAUAACUAAUAAAAUGCAAAACAUUACAAGGCAUGUGUGAAACAUCUUUCGCUCGUGGUGUGUUAAAAAGUAAUGUAAGCAUCAUGUGUUUUGCUCACUAGAUAUGUAAUGCCUUGUUGUGAGUAAUGUUUAAACUAAUUUAGUUUUGGAAAAACAGUUCAGAAAGAAUUAGUGUGUGUCAUCACGUUUUAUUGAAUGACGCAAAAGAGUUAGCAAUGUUAACAAACUUUGCUGAAUGCAAUAUAUGGUUAUCUUAUAAAUAAAUAAGGCCGACCUAGAUUUUUGAUUUUAGUAAGAGCUUGUGCACAUGAGCAUUGCAUUUACACGCGAUAAGUAAUGUGUCAAUGUGACAUAGUCCUAAGAGCGUGUACCGACUCAGUGCUUCGGUCUGAAGCGUUGUGGGUUCGAGUCCCGCCUUGGGCAUGGUUGUUUGUCCCUUGUCUCUCAUGUAUGUAUUGUCAUGGAGGGCCUCGCGUUCUGCUGGCCCCAGAUCAGAGGAGCCUGCAAGAAUGUUGGUAUCUAAUGUACAGUUGAAUAUGCAUCCCAUCGGGAUGUAAAGUGAAACUGGCAGUUGGCUGGAUAAAAGCUCUAGUGACAACUUCAAUCCUUAGCUGGCUUGGACAGCUGAGGUCAAGAAGGCUGAAGAGCCAUUUCUGCUUCGUGCCUGAAGGGUUGCAAUUCAAAUCCCGCCCAGAGCAUGGAGGUUUGUGUGCAACUGUAUACAAUUAUGCGAAUUUUACAAUGGUUGCUGUAUGACCUUAGUUGCUCAGCAACUACUUAAAUAAGUAAAAAAAAACUACAAUCUUUGUGUUCCAACUAUUAUUCUAAAAAAUUGCAACUAUUUUGUAUGUUGUAUUUGUUUGUAAGGAGUGCCUGCUGUCUGUAAAAAGUGUCUACAGUAGGAUUACUGAAGCUAGUCAAUGUUGUUUGGUUGAGAAACAUUGAUAAUGUAUUAUUUGUCUUUUGCCAUAACAUUAUUUUCAAUAUGAGUGCUGCACUUUUAUUAUUUUCAUGUCAUUUACUUUUACCACUCCUGGACCACCUUUAAAGAUAUAUUUACAUUAUUGAUGUACAAUAUUUUUGAUACAUUUAUUAAUAACUUCAUCCAAAGUCUUGUAAUAAGCAACAUUUAUGGCAACAUUUUUAAUUAAAAAUUGUUAGCAC